AUGACCAGUCACAUGACCAACCACAUGACCAGCCACAUGACCAGCCACAUGACCAGCCACAUGACCAACCACAUGACCAGCCACAUGACCAGUCACAUGACCAGCUACAUGACCGACCACAUGACCAGCUACAUGACCAGUCACAUGACCAGUCACAUGACCAGCUACAUGACCGACCACAUGACCAGCUACAUGACCAGCCACAUGACCAGCUACAUGACCAGCCACAUGACCAACCACAUGACCAGCCAUAUGACCAACCACAUGACCAACCACAUGACCAGCCACAUGACCAGCCACAUGACCAACCACAUGACCAGCCACAUGACUAGCCACAUGACCAGCCACAUGACCAGCCACAUGACCAGCCACAUGACCAGCCACAUGACUAGCCACAUGACCAGCUACAUGACCAGCUACAUGACCAGCCACAUGACCAGCCACAUGACCAACUACAUGACCAGCUACAUGACCAGCCACAUGACCAACUACAUGACCAGCCACAUGACCAACCACAUGACCAACCACAUGACCAACCACAUGACCAACCACAUGACCAACCACAUGACCAGCCACAUGACCAGCCACAUGACCAACCACAUGACCAGCCACAUGACCAGCCACAUGACCAGCCACAUGACCAGCCACAUGACCAACCACAUGACCAGCCACAUGACCAGCCACAUGACCAACCACAUGACCAACCACAUGACCAGCCACAUGACCAGCCACAUGACCAGCCACAUGACCAACCACAUGACCAGCCACAUGACCAGCCACAUGACCAGCCACAUGACCAGCCACAUGACCAGCCACAUGACCAGCCACAUGACCAGCCACAUGACUAGCCACAUGACCAGCCACAUGACCAACUACAUGACCAGCCACAUGACCAACUACAUGACCAGCCACAUGACCAACUACAUGACCAGCCACAUGACCAGCUACAUGACCAGCCACAUGACCAGCUACAUGACCAGCCACAUGACCAACCACAUGACCAGCCACAUGACCAACCACAUGACCAGCCACAUGACCAGCCACAUGACCAACCACAUGACCAGCCACAUGACCAGCCACAUGACCAGCCACAUGACCAACCACAUGACCAACCACAUGACCAGCCACAUGACCAGCCACAUGACCAACCACAUGACCAGCUACAUGACCAGCCACAUGACCAACCACAUGACCAAACACAUGACCAGCCACAUGACCAACCACAUGACCAGCUACAUGACCAGCCACAUGACCAACCACAUGACCAGCCACAUGACAAGCCACAUGACCAGCCACAUGACCAGCCACAUGACCAGCCACAUGACCAGCCACAUGACUAGCCACAUGACCAGCCACAUGACCAGCUACAUGACCAGCCACAUGACCAGCCACAUGACCAACUACAUGACCAACUACAUGACCAGCUACAUGACCAGCCACAUGACCAACUACAUGACCAGCCACAUGACCAACCACAUGACCAACCACAUGACCAACCACAUGACCAACCACAUGACCAACCACAUGACCAACCACAUGACCAGCCACAUGACCAACCACAUGACCAGCCACAUGACCAGCCACAUGACCAGCCACAUGACCAGCCACAUGACCAACCACAUGACCAGCCACAUGACCAGCCACAUGACCAGCCACAUGACCAACCACAUGACCAACCACAUGACCAGCCACAUGACCAGCUACAUGACCAGCCACAUGACCAACCACAUGACCAGCCACAUGACCAACCACAUGACCAGCCACAUGACCAGCCACAUGACCAGCCACAUGACCAGCCACAUGACCAACCACAUGACCAGCUACAUGACCAGCCACAUGACCAACUACAUGACCAGCCACAUGACCAACCACAUGACCAACCACAUGACCAACCACAUGACCAACCACAUGACCAACCACAUGACCAACCACAUGACCAGCCACAUGACCAGCCACAUGACCAACCACAUGACCAGCCACAUGACCAACUACAUGACCAGCCACAUGACCAACUACAUGACCAGCCACAUGACCAACUACAUGACCAGCCACAUGACCAGCUACAUGACCAGCUACAUGACCAGCCACAUGACCAACCACAUGACCAGCCACAUGACCAACCACAUGACCAGCCACAUGACCAGCCACAUGACCAACCACAUGACCAGCCACAUGACCAGCCACAUGACCAACCACAUGACCAGCCACAUGACCAGCCACAUGACCAACCACAUGACCAGCUACAUGACCAGCCACAUGACCAACCACAUGACCAGCCACAUGACCAGCCACAUGACCAGCCACAUGACCAACCACAUGACCAACCACAUGACCAGCCACAUGACCAGCCACAUGACCAGCCACAUGACCAGCCACAUGACUAGCCACAUGACCAGCCACAUGACCAACUACAUGACCAGCCACAUGACCAACUACAUGACCAGCCACAUGACCAACUACAUGACCAGCCACAUGACCAGCCACAUGACCAGCCACAUGACCAACUACAUGACCAGCCACAUGACCAGCUACAUGACCAGCCACAUGACCAGCCACAUGACCAACCACAUGACCAACUACAUGACCAGCCACAUGACCAGCCACAUGACCAGCCACAUGACCAGCCACAUGACCAGCCACAUGACCAGCUACAUGACCAACCACAUGACCAGCCACAUGACCAACCACAUGACCAACCACAUGACCAACUACAUGACCAGCCACAUGACCAGCCACAUGACCAACCACAUGACCAACCACAUGACCAGCCACAUGACCAACUACAUGACCAGCCACAUGACCAGCUACAUGACCAACCACAUGACCAGCUACAUGACCAACCACAUGACCAACCACAUGACCAGCCACAUGACCAACCACAUGACCAGCUACAUGACCAACCACAUGACCAGCCACAUGACCAGCCACAUGACCAGCCACAUGACCAGCCACAUGACCAGCCACAUGACCAACCACAUGACCAGCCACAUGACCAGCCACAUGACCAGCCACAUGACCAAGUCACGCAGAGACCAAUCCCUCACUCCUCUCAGUACAAUAUUUAUGUCCGCUCUGAGCCGCAAACCCCUUAUUUACAUACACCACGUCGGGAUGUUUGCUUUCGCCUCUACCUCCUCUUUCCCGGAGCCGCUUGAUGUAUGGCUGAUCGGGUGA